AUGGGCUGGGACAAGUCAGCAUUGGAACAAGUCUCUCACAACACAACCGUGUUUGCCAAGAUCGGUGGGGAGGCGGCGUACGUUCUCAGCGAUACCUGCAACGCAACGGCCGAGGCCACGACUUAUCUUUGGGAUCCUGACUGGCAGACUGUCCUGGUGGCAAAGAAAGGGUCUCUGACUGAGUCCGUCGUGACUGGUACGUACGACAACUUUUUGACCAUCACGGAUGGAAAGAGUGUCAAUUCUACGUGGAGUGUGGAACAUCGGAGCUCUCCCAGACGACGCUAUCGACGGCCACCAUCUCCGCCACGGCCCAAGAGGUUGAAACCGCGUCAACGGCUACCCUGGCAGCUUCUUCAACAGCCAGUACGCAGCCUUCAUCCAACAACAACAAACAUUACUCUUCGAGCAAGACACACUGCCACCUCCACAAGGAGAAGAAAGGUUGCAAAACUUCUCCUCCCAAAGAGCGCCAAGAUUGAUCCCUGA